UUGAUGUCCUGAAGCUGUUAUUGUAACUACAACAAGACUCGAGUUAAUUGCUUAAAUACCGUUAAUUCAGCGGGUGCAAUGAAUUUUUAAUGAAGUUCGCGUAAUGCCAGAGUGCAUACAUGUUUAUUUGGAUGGACAAAAUAUAGUCGAAUAUUGAUGUUUUCUAAACCGAGAAAAUUCAACAAUAAUAAAAGUUUUUCCGUUUAAUUAAUAAAAAAGUAUGAAAGUACCCAAAGAUGUUAUUUGUGGAGUAUGCAAGAAAGUCUUUUGUUGCGCCGAGUGCCGUUACAAGCACGAGAUAAAAACACAUGCGAUCGUUGUACAAAAGCCCAUAAUUUCCAAACAAACGAAUGAAGAUCUGAAUUCAUCCAAGUGCGGAGAUCAAUCAAAGAAAAGCGAGACAAGCCAUAUUUAUCUCUUCUGCCCUCUCUGUGAACGUAAGCCAAUGCCGCUACAACGUGAAAUGUACGCCGAAAUGCUGGCGCAUGUCGAGCAAAAUCAUCUGCCGCUCCGCUGCCGCAAAUGUACCAAGGUCUAUAGUCGUUUGGAUGAUUUACAAAAUUUCACAAAGUGUACGCAGACCGCCGCUCCGACAUGUUGUUGUCCGGACAAGGGUUGUUGCAAUCAACUUGAUCACACCUGUGACACCGUCACGUUGCAGAAGGAGUUUGCCAGAGUGACGAUCUCAACGCAAACAUCACCGCAGCGCCGCCAAUCCGACGAGUUCCACGAGACGCCAAUGUCACUAAUAAACCUGCGUUGGAAAGCCAAGAGCAAGCUGACACAUGAGGAGUUUGUGUGCGACAGUGUUUCCUCAUUGCGAAAUAUUUCGUCGAUUAGCAACAAUUCACUGCGCCGCAGCUUGGAUGCCAUUAUCAAACCGAAGGGCCAGCUAGUGCGCACUACAUCGACGCCAGUGCACGCAGAAUUGCUUUGCACAAAGCACAACGAGCGCACCUUUAAUGCCUCCGGUGGCCAAGUGUCCAGUAUUUACCAUAGUGGCGGUGAAACGGAUAAUCACAGUCCUGCAAUUGCUGCGGGCGCAGGCGCAAUCUCUAUUCCUGCCGCUCAAUCACCAUCCAAACAGCAAUUAGAAAACAUCAACCGCUAUCUGAAGGUUCCGCGUGGCAAAAUGAGUGCGGUCACUCCGCUGCGGCAGGUGAUGUCGAAGAGCAUACAGAAGGCCUUCGCCGAGCAUGGUGGUUUACCAUCGGCGCGUAUUAGUGGCGCCGAUUUGCCACCAUCGCGUAAGAAUAUGUUUGAUUCUCACGGGUCUGAAAGCAGCAGCAGUUCAGCGGGUUCACCACUCGAUCUGCGUAUGUCGCCCGUAGUUCGGCGCACUCAUAACGAAAUCAUUGAAAUGAGUCAAUUGCAAGGUAAUAAUGCUUCUGCGGAGCGAAGAUCUACUAUUUCACAAAAUAUGCGCCACGAAGUGUACCGUUCAUCACAAAAGCUCACUACUACCGAAUCAAUUGUGAUAACGCGCACAAAGCACUUGGCCGGCUUAGAAUCUGCGGCAAGUAGUAUGAGUAGUGCUAGUGGUUCUGUAGCUUACAUGACCGCGGACAAAUUAAUGACGUCUGCAAGCUUGGCCAGUGACAACUGCAGUGGCAGUUCGGUGUACAAAUCAUGCGAGAGUAUUGAGAUCAUCACGGCCACCACCGCGCUGAGUGAGAUCCAACAGGGUUAUUACGCCGUCACCGACAAGCUUGAUAAUGCAGGAGAGCCAAUUAUUCCGACCAUGGAAAAUGUGGCGCAGGUGGUCAGCUAUAAUUUGCCGCCAAUUACGCCUAUUACACGCAUUCCAGGCGCACUUAUCAACAAAAAGCUUAUACGAUUCGACUCACCUUGCGAAGAAGAAGAUGAAUUAGAAAUUCCGGACGAAAUUAAGAAUCCUAAAGACAAGGGAAAUUCAGCAACUCUAACAAAACCAACUACGCCGUCACAAAACGCAAAUGUUUAUACGUCACCAAAGCGCGAUAAUAACAAUACAGCAAAUGCAGGUUCAAAAGCUCAAAUGAAAGUCACCGAAACCCCACGUAGCUGUGACUCCUCCAUAGCUGAAGCAUUCUUUACACCAAGCGCCACGCCAGUACGCAGGAGUAAAAUGCCGUCAACGCAAGAAAAUCCGCACGGAUCAAAUGAUUUUAGGAAACCUCCAUCCAGGCGUCCACCUUCUCUUAGCAAACACGGCAGAAGCACUGCAUUUGAUUGUGCCGAAAGUAUUACGGACAAUGAACACGAGAAUGAUGCAAAAGAGCACAGUGUAACUAGUAAACAUCAAACUAGCCAAAAUACUUCGUCUGCCUUGGGACGCUCAUGGUCAUUCGGCGCUUUACUGGGUUCCGUAAUGCGUUUGAAUUCCACGGGCAAAGCAGCUACCCCUGAGAAAAUUGAAACGGCGCCACGCACCGAUGUUAACUCCAAUUCGAUAAUCAAACGUUGCGCUUCGAUAGCAGGUUCUCUUAUGCGCACGCAGUCUCUAAUUGAUGAAGAUGAACAAGGGCGCAACCAAAAACGAAAGCGGUCUUAUACGACAGACGCGAAGUCGAUUUCAGGCGUAAACUAUCAACGACAAUUUCGCGACCCUGUGUCACCGAGUCCGGAGAAGGCGUUGCGCACGAAACGCUUUCGCAUACAUGGCCGUAAGCCAAUCGAGCGCAUGCGAAGGGAGCUAUGAGCCGAACUUACUUGUUAAUCGAGCACUUUCGAGGAGGCUGCAAAUAUUGGGGUUGCUAAAAAUUUAGUUAGAGAAACGAAAUCAGUUCAAUGUUUUAAACGAUUAUUUUUUUGUCAUAGAUACACAUACAUACAUAUAUACUAACUUAAAGCAAAGCUUGUGAUUUGAUGUGCAAAAUACUCGAGAAUUGUUGUUUUUAUAGUGUUUUUAUUAUGUAAGAAAAUAAAUGUUCUACUUUUUUCACAUUUUA